UUUUUUUUGUAUGGUUAGCUCGUGAGAAGAGGAGGUCCAGAUCCUCUCACAUGGCUUUGUAGUAUUUAAGGGGGUGCACCUCCCCUCCUUCUCGACAGGCGAUUCUCUCUCUCUAUCUCUCUCUCAUUCUGUCUUCUAGUUUCUCUUGGGAGCAGUUCAGAAGGCUAUUCAAAACCAAAGAUGGUGAAGAUCUGCUGCCUUGGAGCCGGCUAUGUUGGUGGCCCAACCAUGGCUGUAAUUGCCCUCAAAUGCCCAUCCAUUGAAGUGGUUGUUGUCGACAUCUCUGUCUCCCGGAUCUCAGCAUGGAACAGUGAUCAGCUCCCAAUCUAUGAGCCAGGCCUUGAUGAUGUGGUCAAGCAGUGCAGAGGGAGGAACCUCUUCUUCAGCACCGACAUUGAAAAGCAUGUCUCCGAGGCCGAUAUCAUCUUCGUCUCCGUGAACACACCGACCAAAACCCGUGGCCUUGGAGCAGGCAAGGCUGCUGAUCUCACCUACUGGGAGAGUGCAGCCCGCAUGAUCGCCAAUGUUGCCAAGUCCGACAAGAUCGUGGUCGAGAAAUCCACAGUCCCUGUCAAGACUGCUGAGGCCAUUGAGAAGAUCUUAACCCAUAACAGCAAAGGUAUCAACUUUCAGAUCCUCUCAAACCCAGAAUUCCUUGCAGAGGGCACAGCAAUCCAGGACCUUUUCAAGCCUGAUCGAGUGCUCAUCGGCGGCCGGGAGACGCCUGAAGGCCGGAAGGCUGUUCAAGCAUUGAAGGAUGUCUAUGCCAAUUGGGUGCCGGAGGAUCGAAUUCUAACCACCAAUCUAUGGUCUGCAGAGCUAUCCAAGCUUGCAGCCAAUGCCUUCUUGGCUCAAAGGAUCUCAUCUGUGAAUGCCAUCUCAGCACUCUGCGAGGCCACCGGCGCCAAUGUGUCUGAGGUAGCCUACUCUGUGGGGAAGGAUACAAGAAUUGGGCCUAAGUUCUUGAAUUCCAGUGUUGGCUUUGGAGGCUCCUGCUUCCAAAAGGAUAUCCUUAAUCUAGUCUACAUUUGUGAGUGCAAUGGUCUUCCUGAGGUGGCCAACUACUGGAAGCAGGUCAUCAAGAUCAAUGACUACCAGAAGAGCCGAUUUGUGAAUCGAGUGGUAUCCUCCAUGUUCAACACCGUCGCUGGAAAGAAGAUUGCGGUGCUCGGGUUCGCAUUCAAGAAGGAUACUGGUGACACUAGGGAGACUCCAGCCAUUGAUGUCUGCAAGGGCCUAUUGGGUGACAAGGCCAAGAUCAGCAUCUAUGAUCCCCAGGUGACAGAGGACCAGAUCCAGCGUGACCUUGCGAUGAACAAGUUCGACUGGGACCACCCGGUCCACCUCCAGCCGAUGAGCCCGACGGCGGUGAAGCAGGUGAGUGUGACCUGGGAUGCAUAUGAGGCCACAAAGGGGGCGCAUGGCAUCUGCAUUCUGACUGAGUGGGAUGAGUUCAAGUCACUUGACUAUAAGGAGAUCUAUGAGAGCAUGCAGAAGCCAGCAUUUAUAUUUGAUGGCCGCAAUGUGGUGGAUCCAGAAAAACUUAGGGAAAUUGGCUUCAUUGUUUACUCAAUUGGGAAGCCACUGGAUCCAUGGCUUAAGGACAUGCCUGCUGUGGCUUGAAGGGGAGUUAUCUUCUUCUCAGGAGAGUAGAGAUCAUAUUAGGCUGCCAAGUUUGGAUGGAGAAUUCUUUAAAAUUGCUGUUCCUUUUGUUUAAGAUUUGGUGUUUCCUUAAUGGUCUAUUAUUUCCAAAUUAUAGUUAGGCAUGGCAGGGUCAUCUCUAUGUUUAUCCUGCAUGCUUCUUUUGAUCUUAUUAUACACUUUAUGGAGUAUUUUCUGUUUCAUUUAAGAAAUAUAUCUGAUAUCUAUUACUCUUCUCUG